ACCCGUAUUUUAUAAUUUUUUUGUGUAUGUGGACAUGUUUCAUUUUGAUGGCAGAGGCAGCGAGUGAUUCGGAACCGAAUCGGCCUUUAGUUUGCAAUCACUGUAACCAGAUGGAGCAGGCCGUUGGGAACCGGAGGCUCGAUUUCUCAGUGGCAGCGCUGCUGCCUGCGGGUGGUUCCGGGGAGAGAAUGGGAACGGCGACUCCGAAGCAAUUCUGUCAAGUCCUGCAGAGGCCGCUCAUCAGUAUCACAUUGGAAACAUUCGAGAGAGUUCAUUGGAUAAAUGACAUUGUCGUGGUGGUGUCAAAACAGAACUUUGAAUUGAUGAAUUUGAUUAUAAAGCGUUAUGGGCACUCGAGAACAACAGUUGUUGAGGGUGCACUCACUCGUCACCAGUCUAUUUUCAAUGGGCUAAAAGCAUUUGUGGAAAAUCAACCUUGUAUAGCUUGGCUGCAGAAACCUGAAGUGGUGAUCAUCCAUGAUGCGGUGAGGCCUUUCGUAGAGGAAGAUAUGUUAUUCCACGUGGCCACAGCUGCGAAGGAAUGUGGGGCCGCAGGAGCUAUCAGACCACUUGUUUCCACAGUCGUUGCAACCAACCCAGAAAGCUACCUUGAUCAUUCAUUAGAACGUGCCAAAUACAGGGCGAGUGAAAUGCCUCAAGCCUUCACAUUUGAUGUCAUUUACAGAGCUUAUCAACAGUGCACAGAUUAUGAUUUUGAGUAUGGGACGGAAUGUCUCCACUUAGCUCUGAAAUACUGUGGCAUUUCCGCCAGGCUUAUUGAUGGCCCACCUGAUCUGUGGAAGGUAACUUACAAGCGAGACCUCUAUGCAGCUGAAUCGAUUAUCAAGGAAAGUCUUUCUAAGAGAGUCUGUAUCUUCACUGGAAUACAAGAAGAACCAGUGCAAUUGGGCCGUUUGCUGCAAGAGGCCUUACAAAAGUUGAUGGAGGUUGAUGUUUUGAACUGGUCAGAGAAUAAAGAGAGUCGCUGUAUUCAGACCAUUUCCUCAGGCCAGUACUAUAAUUUUGUUUGCAUAAAUGUCAACAAUUUUGAAUUAUCUCAGGAAAUUGUGAAACUGCUGGAGUUGAUUGAAAAUAGAAAACUUUCAGCCCUGUAUCCUGUAGUUCUGACUGUGGUUCACCCGAACAAUUUGGAAACUUCAUCUCCCUGUGUUCAAAUGGAAGAUUUUAUCAGCAUCAAAGAACUGGCAAAGGAAGCAAAUAGAAAAAAUAUCUUAAUUUUUAGACUGCUGUUGAAUUAUACCCAGGAAUUGGAUAAAGUUGAAGAAUCUGUGAAAGAAGCUGCCUCAAUCAUCGACUCAUUAAUAAAGCAGCGGAGCCCUGCCCUAAUUGGGCAUUUCCUUGUGGUCUGAUUGUCGUUAGGAACUUCUCUGGGCACAGGUGUUGUGAUGUCUGAAUACUGUGAAAGAAUAUACUGCCCUCUAAUGAUAGCUGUGAAAAACUGCAAGUAUCAUCUCAUCAAUUUUUUAAUCAGGAAGAUAAACAGGACAUGAAAUUUAGUUGAACAUGUCAAUAUUUCUAUCAAAAAUUAUGCCCCAGACUUGCUAAGGUCAAAAUUAGGAGAAAAUUACUGCAGUUGCUGGAAUCUGUACUGAAAACAAAAAAUGCUGGAGAUCACAGUGGGUCAGGCA